AGCUGACAGGGAGCAGCUGUACGAGAGACAGCGGGGUGGAUCGAUCGUUCGCGUCGCUGUCAAAGUUUCGUACAUAAACCACCGGUAGCUCAAUUUCCGCCGGGUACAUGUGCAACUGAAAAUCACUUCGCUCGCGUAUCAUGGCGUUCCUGGAGUGGAGGCGCUUUAAUUUCUUCGACUUGAAGAGGGAGGUCGACGAGGGAAAGAUCGCUAAGGCGUUUGGAGAUGCACAGAUUGCGACAGCUACCAGUGGCAAUGGUAAUCUGGUGUUUGGGGACAACACAGGCAAUGUACAUGUAAUAAACAGAUCGUAUGAGAUCACGACUUUCCGGGCUUAUGAGAUGACACUGACGUUGACGCAGCAAGUCCAACAUUCCACUUUUCUAUUUACUAUCGGCGAGGAUGAGCCUGGAUGUAAUCCUACUAUAAAGGUUUGGAACUUGGCCAAGCCUGAUAAACAAGGUAAUCCAACAUGCGUUCGAAUAAGCAGAGCCAUACCUAGCUAUAGAGCAGUCCCCCCGACAGCUUUAUGUGUGCAUACUAGUCUUACAUUAAUGGCUAUCGGGUUUGGAGAUGGUUCUAUUAUGUUGUAUAGAGGCGAUCUAACUCGAGAGAGAAAAAAUAAAAUAAAAGUCUUAAAGGAUGUCAAUCUGUCUAUUACCGGCCUCGCGAUACGAGCGACUGGCAAACAGACGCACCUGUUCGUCGCUACACAGAAUAGCGUGUUCUUGUAUAAUAUUACUGUUAAGGACAAGGAAUUCAAAUCUACUUUGGAUAAUAUGGGUUGCAUGCGAAAAUGUAGUGUACUCGCCGAGUCUAUGCAAGACAGUCACUUCAUGAUCGGACGUAAUGACGCUAUUUAUUGUUAUACACCAGACGGUAGGGGUCCAUGCUAUGCAGUAGAGGGUCAAAAGAUAAUGCUGGAAUGGUUCAGGACAUAUUUGGUGAUAGUGGCAAAAGAAGCAGCGAAUGUACCAAGAACGACAACAACUAUAUCUGCAAAACCCAAUACGAUAGAACCAAUACCUCCUGGUGUCGAUAAGCACAUCAUUACUGUGCUUGAUAUUCAAAAUAAGUUCAUUGUAUUCUCUGCGCCGAUGGUGUCUGUCCAGGCAGUUUUGUCCGAGUGGGGUGGAUUUUUCAUACUUAGUGGAGAUAAUAAACUAUAUCAUUUAGAUGAGAAAGACUUGCAAUCUAAAUUGGCGUUGCUCUUUAAAAAGAAUUUAUAUGAUGUCUCUAUAAGAAUAGCUAAAAAUCAGCAAUAUGAUGCGGAAGGUCUUAUAGAUAUUUUCCGUCAAUAUGGAGAUCAUUUAUAUUCCAAAGGGGAUCAUAACGGUGCUAUAGAGCAAUAUAUAAAGACUAUAGGCAAAUUGGAACCAUCUUAUGUGAUAAGAAAAUUCUUGGAUUCCCAACAUAUCGAUAAUUUGACGACAUAUUUGCAAGCAUUGCAUAAAAAUGGACAGGCAACGGAGGAUCAUACUACUUUGUUACUAAAUUGUUAUACUAAGCUUAACCAUACUGAUAAAUUGAAAGAGUUUAUUAUGACAAAAGAUCGUGAGGUCGAUUUCGAUGUGGAAAUAGCGAUAAAAGUUUGUCGCCAAGCGUCGCCAGAGGAUGCUUUAUUACUUGCCCAGAAACAUAAUAAACAUGAGUGGUAUCUUCGUAUUCAAAUUGAAGACAAACAAGAAUAUAAAAAGGCUUUAGAGUACAUGGCAACAUUAGAAUUUGAAGAGGCAGAAGCUAAUAUGAAGAAAUAUGGAAAUAUUUUAAUAGAAAAUGUGCCAAAUGAAUCCACACAGUUUCUGAAAGCUUUAUGUACAAAUUAUAAACCUGCCAACAAACCUCUUGUAGAUCAGGAAGCUUUAAAUAGCUAUACAGAGCAGCGUGUUGAUAAAGCUAGUCCAGAAGAUUUUAUUCACUUAUUUCUAAAUAAUUCUGAACGACUCGUAGAGUUUUUGGAGCAUUUAGUUAAAUCAGAUACAAAAUGGAGUACACUUAUUUAUAAUACAUUAAUGGAACAUUAUUUACAUGUUUGGUCGGCUUUAGAUAACGACGUAGCUAAACUACAAUAUGAACAGAAAAUUGUACGACUUCUGCAGAAUUCCGAAGCUCGUUACGAUAAAGACCAGAUAUUAAUACUCUGUCAUCAGCAUAAUUUCAGAAAGGGAUUACUCUUCCUUUACGAAGAGAGUAAACUAUAUCAAGAAAUAUUGAGAUUUCAUUUACGCGAAGGAGAUAGCGAACAAAUUCUCGCCACUUGCAAGAGAUUUGGUCAUCAGGAUCCUAAUCUUUGGGUACAAGCUUUAUGGAGCGUAGCUAAAAAUAAGGAUGCGCCAACAAAACUUCUUGCGGAUAUAUUAGCUUAUAUCGCACAAGAAAAACUAUUAUCUCCCUUGAUGGUCAUUGAUGCAAUUUCUACAUCCUUGACUUGUACAUUGGGAGACGUUAGAAGUUAUUUGUGCAGUGUAUUACGAACGGAAAAUGAACAAACUCAAGCUGACAUGGAAUUAACGGAAAAAUACAGGGCUGAUACUCUUAAAUUGCGGGAACAAAUAGAAGCAAUAAAGAAUAAUACGAUAAUCUUUCAAGGUUCAAGAUGUAGCGCGUGCCAUCAUCAAUUAGAAUUACCAUCUGUGCAUUUCAUGUGUCAACAUUCGUAUCAUCAACAUUGCUUUCAAAGUUUUUCGGAGAAUGAGAACGAAUGUCCAGCAUGCUUGCCAAACAACAAGAAAUUAUUAGAUAUUAUAAGAGCACAAGAGCAAUCAAGAGAUCUACAUGAAACUUUCCACAGUCUUCUCGAUCGAGCGGAAGACCCAUUCUCCUUAGUAGCCGACUAUUUUGGUAGAGGCGUUUUUAAGAAAUUAACAGUAAUUACUGAUACAGAUAAAUCGUUACCUACACCGAUUAAAUUGGAAGAGCCUAAGUUAAAUUAUGGUCCAGGUGCGGAAGCGAGACUCAGGUUAAAUGAGGGAAAAAGUUCUCUUUCAGGAAAAAUGGAAGGAUCUCGACGAACUGGAUAUGAUGUCCCUACGUUAGUAAUGGAGGAACGUUUCCGAAAUUUUGUUAAGCCAGACGUAUAUUCCUCAUCAUUAGAGGCAAAUAUAUCGGGAACGGGAAGCGGUUUAUCGACGCCACGUGGUAAUUCCACAAAAGCUUCGCCAGUACCGAUCAGGGAAGCUCGUAUUUUGAAUAGUAUCACACCAAAAUCAUCACCGAUCGAGAAGACGACCUUUCACUCAUCUAAAGUCCCUAUUGUGCAAUCGAAACCCUUUGAGACUGACGAUUAUGAUGAAUCUAAAAAUCCCUUCGCCAACGAUGUCGACGAUGAUGACGAUGACGAUGCAAAUAAUCCUUUUAAAAAUGACAUUGAUAAUGAUAUGGCUGGCAACGAUGAUGACGAUUAUGAUAGAAAUCUAAAUCCAUUCGGUAGAUAAACUACAGAUACAUUUUCUUGUGAUAGAAUCGAGACGAAAUAUAUGUAUAUGUAUAGACAAGCGAUACGUAAAGAGAAAAAAAAUAUUGUCAAAUGCAUGCUAAUAAUAAGCAUUACGUAAUGAAUUUCCGAAUCUAAUGUAUUAUAUAUAAACUCGUGUAAACAUUUGUAUAGUAUCUAUUCCAAUUUUAUAUGCUGUGAAAACUUGAUUUAGAACAUUAAUAUUACAUUUCUCUCUCUUCCUAAAGUUGGAGACUUUACGCAAUGCAGAUUUUAGAUAUAAUUUAAUAUCUAAUCUAUCUUUGUAAGAAGAAAGAUAAAUUAAAAUAUGCUCUUUUUGUAUCUCUUGAGAUCUGUGGUAAAACACACAGUAUCUAAAUCGAGGCAAAGGCGAUUAAAGAAUCGCAAAAUGAAAAAGCAAUCAAUGAGAAAGGAUACAUAUAUCAAUACGCCUUUAUAAUAAGACUGUGAUCUAAAA